UUCUUGACCAGCCAGCUGUCCAAACAGCUCGGCUUAAAAGCUCCAUUUGUUUUGAUCGUGAUUUCCCCACGCAAUUUCUUAUGUAACGUGUUGUGGACGUGUUGUUGUACGGUCACUUUCACCAACCGUCCAAAAAGGUUCACACCGCAGUCCGUUCCGUGUGAAAAGUUCCAGGAUACAGCAGCGAAAUGCUCAAAACGGGCACGUUGGCCGCACGCCUUGUGCACCACAGUUUGGUCGGCGGUUUGCGCACCGGUACAGCUCCAGCAUGCCGCUGGCUUAGCGAUGAUCACAGCAAGGGAGGCGCAGUCGGUACGGCCGGGUCGGAUGUUUCGCCCAACCAGGAACUGCAGCUGACGUAUCUCACCGAGGAGGACAAACAGGGUAUCGCGGUGCUCGGUCUGAAUCGUCCGAAGGCACGCAACUCCUUCAGCAAAUCACUGGUAAACCAUCUGCUCGACGCCAUCGAGGUGCUUGCGCACGACAAAAACGUGCGUGUGGUGAUCCUGCGCAGCCUGGUCCCGGGGAUAUUCUGUGCCGGUGCGGAUUUAAAGGAACGGGCCACAUUUACCCCACAAGAGGUGAGCCGCUUUGUGUCGAAGCUGCGCCAAAUGAUGGUAAACAUCGAGCAAAUGCCAACGCCGGUGGUGGCCGCCAUCGACGGUGCUGCCCUUGGUGGUGGGCUCGAGAUGGCUCUGGCCUGUGAUAUGCGUGUGGUGGCCACCAACGCUAAGCUCGGAUUGGUGGAAACGAAACUCGGCAUCAUUCCGGGUGCGGGUGGUACCCAACGCCUGCCGCGCAUUUUGAAUCCGGCCGUCGCUAAGGAGCUGAUCUUUACCGCGCGCCAGUUCAGUGGUGAGGAAGCGAAAGCACUCGGCAUUGUGAAUCAUGCCGUACAGCCGAACGAUACGGGUGAUGCGGCGUACCGGCGUGCGCUUCAGCUUGCGAUGGAGAUCGUCCCGAACGGACCGGUCGGAGUGCGGAUGGCGAAGAAAGCGAUCGACAAAGGACUGCAGGUGGACAUCGGUACGGGGUACGCGAUCGAGGAAGCUUGCUACGCGCAGGUCAUCCCGACGAAGGAUCGUCUCGAAGGUUUGCGAGCGUUUGCCGAGAAGCGGAAGCCAAACUUUAUCGGAGAGUAACGGAAUAGGCGCGCGCUAAACGCAAUUCCCGGACAUGGUCGAACAGUAGGGUAUAACUCUCUGUGAUAGAUGAAAGUGCAUUUAUAUUCCAUUUACACACACGCAUUUCCAACGCUUCGGUGUUUGUCCCGUAUCCCGACUCAAAGUUUUUUUUUUCGAAUGCGAAUUAAGACAAACCGGCGUACCUGUGGCUGCCUUGGCGGUGCCUCCGUAGAUGGAAGCGAGUUGAAUAAACCUAUCUACUAGAAGAUAAAAACAACG